AUGGCGCUGUAAUUUUCCCCCCUUCAUCACGGCCAAGUGCUUCGACAGCGCAAACAUUCUGGACGAUGAGGAAAUGGCUCUCUGAGACGUGAUGGACCCGUUUGACAGCACCGAAACACAAGGCUAUGGCAAAACGGAGAAAGGGGCUGAAAACAUCGCCUCGCGUCUACCGUGGGCCCGCUUCUCCUCUUGGCUGGAAUGUGUUUGCGUCGUUACAUUCGACCUGGAGCUGGGGCAAGCCAUUGAGCUGGUGUAUCCCCACGACGUAAAACUCACAGAGAAAGAGAAAACAAGCAUCUGCUAUUUGUCCUUUCCGGAUUCUUACUCUGGUUGCCUUGGCGAUACUCAGUUCAGCUUCAGAGUGCGGCAGUCGGUUGGCCAGAAGGCUUCCUGGUUCAGAGAUGAUGAUGCGUACAACAGAGACGCCCCAGGUACACUACAGAGAGAGCCAGCCCAUUACUAUGGAUAUGUGUACUUCAGACAGGUCAAGGAUGGUUCCGUGAAGAGAGGGUACUUCCAAAAGUCCUUGGUCCUGGUGUCCAGGUUACCCUAUGUCAACCUCUUCCAGUCCCUGCUGAAGCUGGUAGCCCCUGAGUAUUUCGAGAAGCUGGAGCCUUGUCUGGAAGCUGUCUGUAAUGAGAUUGACCAGUGGCCCUCACCUGUGCCCGGCCAGACCCUCAACCUGCCCAUCAUGGGGGUGGUGAUGCAGGUCAGGAUCCCUUCAAAACACGACAAGCCAGGAGGAAGCCCUCUGAAGCAGUCACUGAAGGAGAACCUUCUGCCCGCCCCGAUGGUGCUGCCCACGGUGCACGAGCUGGACCUGUUUAAGUGUUUCCAGUCCGUGCUGAUCCACAUCCAGAUGCUCUGGGAGCUGAUGUUGCUGGGAGAGCCGGUGGUCGUCAUGGCGCCCUCUCCGACCGUCUCCUCGGAAACGGUGCUGGCCCUGGUCAGCUCCAUCUCCCCGCUGAGGUACUGCUGUGACCACCGGCCGUACUUCACCAUCCACGACAGCGAGUUUAAGGAGUACACCUCCAGGACUCAGGCCCCGCCCAACGUGAUCCUCGGGGUCACCAACCCGUUCUUCAUCAAAACCUUCCAGCACUGGCCCCACAUCGUCCGCCUGGGGGACCUGAAGAUGUCGGGUGAUCUGCCAAAACAAGUCAAAGUGAAGAAACUGGCCAAGCUGAAAACGCUCGACACAAAACCAGGUGUUUACACUGCGUACAAAACCUUUCUUCAUAAAGACAAGGCCCUCAUUAAGAGGCUUUUAAAAGGGAUCCAGAGGAAGAGGCCGUCGGAGGCGCAGAGCGCCAUCUUGAGGAGACAUCUGUUAGAGCUCACCCAGAGCUUCAUCAUACCGCUGGAGCGCUACUUAGCCAGCCUGAUGCCCCUGCAGAAGUCUGUGACCCCAUGGAAGACCCCGCCUCAGAUCCGGCCCUUUAGCCAGGAGGAGUUCAUGGGAACGCUGGACCACGCCGGGCCUCAGCUCACCUCCGUCCUCAAAGGGGACUGGAUCGGCCUGUACAGGCGAUUCUUCAGGUCGCCGAACUUCGACGGAUGGUAUCGCCAGCGGCACAGAGAGAUGACCCAGAAACUGGAAUGUCUCCACCUGGAGGUCAUCUGCGAGGCGGACUUGCUGGAUUGGAUCAAAGACAAGUCUGAAGUGGAGAUCGUGGACCUGGUGCUCAAACUGAGGGAGAAGCUGACGAAGGCCAAACGACAGCAGCUCCCUGUGAAGGAGGACGUCCUGGAGAAGCUGGAGCGCUACAUCCAGAUGGUCAUCGGUUCGCUGCCCGAGGACCUGCAGGCCGUGCUGCGCCGCCACUGACCCCCCAUCUCCCCCCUCCCAAAACUGAACGCACCCCGACGCUAACAACCCACCGGCACCAGCCACCCCCCAACACUAAACAGUCCAGCAUCGGCCGUUUCACUUCCAGCACUGUCCUCCCCCCGAAAAAACUGACUGCCGGGGAUCGCCUCUGCUCUGCGCCAAAACCCACUUACCAACCGACCAUGUGACCCCCCCCCCC